AUGUCGGCUCUCUCUCCUGUGGCCAAAGCAGCUUUACGUCAUCCCGUUGGUCGUGUACGUGGCGAUGGAAUCACAGCCACAGUCUUUGGCUCUACAGGAUUUUUAGGACGUUAUGUAUGCGCACAUCUUGGCAUUAAUGGAAAUGGAUACGUACUACCAUAUCGUGGAGAUGAUGCUGAAGUGGCGCAUUUACGAGUAUCAGCUGAUUUAGGCAAUGUGGCUCCACAUCCGUAUCAUCCACGCGAUCGUGACUCGAUUUUUGAGGCAGUUAAAGGCUCGGACAUUGUCAUUAAUCUCAUUGGCAAACAUUACCAGACAAAACAUCUUCUUCCUUGGUGGAUCAACUAUACGUACGAUGAUGUGCAUGUGGAUGUAGCUCGAACUAUCGCGGAAGUGGCUAAAGAGGCUGGUGUACCUCGAAUGGUACAUGUGUCGUCGCUAUUAGCCCAGCCAAACUCACCUUCUGUUUGGGCUGCUUCUAAAUUUCGUGGUGAAGUUGCUGUUCGCAAGGCAUUUCCUAAAGUCAAUAUCGUACGACCUUCUAAUAUGUUUGGUCCGGAAGAUCGAUUACUUAUCUGGAUGGGCAAUCGCCUCAUGUAUGGAGGUGUGCCUGUAGUUGAUAAUGGAGAUGCUAUUAUCCAGCCAGUCUUCGUUAAUGAUGUUGCCAAGGCCAUUUAUCAUAUCACGCAGGAUGAAACGAUUCAAGGUCAGACCUUUGAGCUUGUGGGUGAUGAAGAGUUUUCGUAUAAGGAACUAGCUGAUUACGUAUUUGAUGUCACGAAGCAAAAUCCGAGACUAGUGAAUCUACCACUUUCCGUCGCCCAAGCCAUUGGCUACUUUUGUGAACAAUUUCCAGAUCCAAAAUUUACCCGUGACUGGGCCACUCGUCUCAGUCUAAAUGAGAUUAAAACAUCAGAUUUACCUGGACUACGUGAGUUGGAUGUCGAGCCUUCGAAGCUCGAGAAAGAGGCGCCUAAUUUCAUGCUGAAAUUCAAUCCAGGUGGUCACUUUCAAGAAGUCUCUGGUUAUCAUUGA